AUGUACGGUGAACCAAACAAAGAUAAAAUUCACUUAGUUUCUGGUAAACUUCGUGUAAUAGUCUCGAAACCAUUGAAAUUGAAAUCCAUAUCCAUCAAAUUAAAAGGAAAAUCUGAGUAUUCAGAUUGGGAAAAUCAAUAUUCUUGUAUAAAUGUAUUUAAACUUGAACAAACACUUUAUGAAAAGGAUGUUUUACCAAGAGGUGUAACAGAUCUUAACUUUGAACUUAGAGUACCUGGAAAUAUGCCUCAAAGUUAUGUUACUAGUUUUGGUUUGAUCAGAUACAAGCUGAUGGCUGAAGUUCAACCUGCUUCAAUGCUCGCAAAAUGUGAAAGGGUUGAGCGAGGUAUUUAUUUUUAUAGACAUUAUUUGCCAUGUAGGAGAGAACUCUUGCCCGCACCACCUACAAAGGUUUAUAGAGGUCAGAGAAGGAAUAUUUUAAAAUACGAACUAGAUAUUCCUACUGUCAUAAGCGUUAACGAGAGAAGUUUGUUGAUCAGAGUUAGAUUAUUACCGUGUAGCGAACAGGGCUAUGUCAAGAAAAUUACUUUCGAUUUAGUUCAAUCUGAAAAAUACAGAGUCCAACCAAGUCAACAAGAUUUAAUAUAUUAUGAUAUUGAUAACACUCAACCUGUUGGCAAUGUUCAAUUAAACGGAUCUGUACCGACAAAACGUAAACGAUCUAGUCAAAUAAAACCAACGGCUCUAACUAUUUUUAGUGAUGUUGAUAAUUGGAAUAAUCCAUUGACCUAUAAUCUUCCUUUCGUUCAAUAUUCUCGUACCGCAACAUCUGGUAAAGCCUGUGCGUCUAAGUUAAAAGCGACAAUAGAUUCUCCGUUAAUUCGUGUUAGGCAUAAACUUAGACUUUCAAUGACUUUUAGAGAUGAAACUGAAAAGGAUUUAGAAUUAGGUUUUCCAAUUACUAUUACAACCAUUCCAGAAGAUGAUUACUCUUCGAUUUUUGGUAUGCUUUGUGAUAAUGGUCUGCCUUCUUAUGAUGAUUGUAUAGAGGAUUCUCCUACAAUGGGUUAUGAAGAAUCUAGUGACUCUAGACCAAUUAGCCCUUUAUGUGAAUUAAAUAAUUCGGAUAACAACUCAAGAUAUCAUUCUAGGAAUAAUUCUAGAAGCAAUUCUAGGAAUCAUUCCAGAAGUAAUUCUAGAAAUCCCUCUAGAAAUAACACCAGGUCCGCAUCUCCAAAUCUUGAUGAUGUAUACAAUGAUGGUUUUACAGAUAAUUCCUCAAGCGGUGGAAAUGGAAUUUCAAAUGGCUCAGUAUUAUCAGAUCAACGUCAACCAACCCUAAAAAAUAAAAAGAGUCAACGUUCUUUGGUAGACCGUCUUUUACAUAGAAACGAAAUUAACUCAAGAGCAACUUCACCACCUCCUAGUAUUCCUAUUGCUUAUACUACACCAACAUCACACCCGAGUUAUAGUAAUUUAAAUGCUUCUCCGCAAGAUCAUAACCGUGUGUUCCCAGUAACUUCUCAUGACCUUCCUUCUUAUUCGCAAAUGCCUCCUGAUUCCAACUAUUUAUCCACAAGUAAACGUACAACUAGAUAUUUAAAUAUGCCUGAUGAAGACGAUUACGAGACAAACACUCAUUUAGAGAUCCACAGUGCACCUAGCAGCCCUAAACUUUGCGGAACUUCAAUGACAUUAAGUGAUGAUGCUUCAAAUGUAUUAUCUUUAAACAGUGGUGGUACUUUUACCGGAGAAAAUAGUAAUAAUUUAUCACCACCAAAUAUGAAGAAAAAAUCACAUAGAAGGUCCACAAGUCUUAAUUUGAAUCUAAAAAGUCCUACAAAUUCUAGAUUCCUUAAUAAUAAAGUAAGGACUAGCGGUGAUAAAACAUCAUGCGAUGAUUUGUUGGGGCUUAUUAGUGGAAUAAACAUUAAUAUUCAAACACCAAGUCCUACCUUUGGAACUAUAUAUAAAUAG